CGUCUAAGGAACGCAGGUACAUCCACGAGUCCUUGGUCGUUCAUCUAUUCUUCUAAUGCUGUCUUAGUGGGAUUCAGACAGGAACAUACGGAAUGUGCGUAAAGAGUCGCUUAUGCUGGACGCAAAAUGCUCUGCCCAGCGGGCGCCGUCGCGUUUGCUGCCUGCGUUCCUCUCCCAGCGAUGAUACGGCGCAUGGAUGCACUCGCCCCAGAACCUCGUUCCUCCUAAACGUGAUAAUACUAACAUCAUUUUCUCCAACGACCCCCUUAAUCUGAUCUCUGUUGGAGGGUUUUUUUCCUCUCUCUUUUUUAUUUAUUCCUCCUCCCAGCGCGCGCGCGUGUAUAUGUAAGUGUGUGUGUGGAUUCUGUUCAUCUUUAACCUGCCAUCAUCGCUGUAGCCCCCCGCGUUGCGUUGGCGCUGCGGAUCUAGCCUACGAGAACAAGAGCCAGCUCACAGCCGUGGAAACAAGCGAAUCAAUUUAGGGGGGGAAGAGAAAAAAGGGGAGAGAUAGAUAGCGAGGUUCGGAAAACUGACGAUCGGGAGGAAGGGGACGAGAGGAGAGAAAACAUCGACCUCACGCCGCAGCCGCCGAAACAUUGAGCGAGGAGCUACAGCAUCCAGAGAGACAACACUUUCAAGAGCAAAUCCUCCCCCAAAUUUGAUUUAUAUGCUAAUGAUUGUGAUGGGAACAAAAACAUUCAGGGUUCCCUAAAAUGACAUGUUGAAAAGAACAAGGUGCUUGAUAGUCAAAGAAGCAUGAGCAAAGUAAAAUAAGAAUCUAUUAAUGAUAAAUAGAGUCUUUAAUAUAACAUUACACUAUAUCCUCUCAAUUUUUAAAGUGACUGCUUUAAGGAGAAAAAACUGAAUAAGGGCAUCAAAUAUGAACAUCAAGACAAGCACUUAAAUUCCCUUGUUUGGAGGUGACUUAUCAGUAUCAUAGCAAUAGGGGUGGGUCAUGACUCAGUUGCCAUGCGUGUUGUCAUGGUGACCAGCCCCUGUACCCCUUCCCCCCUCCUCUGGUUGGUCCAGCUUUUGUUGUGGUUUCACAACCAUGGACCUCAGCUCACAGAGGCAGCACCCGCCUGCCCCACCCCCUGUACCUGCUCUAAUCAGGCGAGCCGUGUCAUCUGUACAAGGAAGAGUUUAGAUCAAGUUCCAGAUAGUAUUUCGGAGAACACAAGAUACCUCAAUCUACAAGAGAACACAAUUCAGGUGAUCAAGUCUGACACAUUUAAGCACCUGCGGCAUUUGGAAAUCCUCCAGCUCUCCAAGAACCACAUCCGACAGAUUGAGGUGGGAGCUUUCAAUGGCCUUCCCAACCUUAAUACGCUGGAGCUUUUUGACAACCGUCUCACCGUGGUACCAUCACAAGCCUUUGAGUACCUCAGCAAGCUAAGGGAACUAUGGCUACGAAACAACCCCAUCGAGACGCUGCCGGCAUUUGCCUUUCACCGUGUUCCCUCUUUGCGCCGUCUCGACCUAGGGGAACUCAGGAAGUUGGAUUUCAUCUCAGAGGCUGCCUUUGAAGGUCUGGUAAAUUUGCGCUUCUUGAAUCUUGGCAUGUGUGGCUUGAAGGACAUCCCUAACCUCACCCCACUAGUACGACUAGAGGAGUUGGAGUUGUCAGGGAACCAGCUGGGUAUUGUCCGGCCUGGAUCCUUCCAAGGCCUAGUGUCACUUCGCAAGCUGUGGCUAAUGCACUCCAGAGUGUCAGUCAUCGAACGCAAUGCUUUUGAUGACCUCAAAAACCUGGAGGAGCUCAACCUCUCCCACAAUUCCCUGCAUUCCCUGCCCCAUGACCUCUUCACCCCUCUGCACCAGUUGGAGAGGGUACAUCUCAACCACAACCCUUGGGUGUGCAACUGUGACGUUCUGUGGCUCAGCUGGUGGCUGAAAGAAACAGUUCCCAGCAACACUACAUGUUGUGCUCGCUGCCAUGCGCCCCCAGGUCUAAAGGGCAAGUACAUUGGUGAACUAGACCAGAGCCACUUUACCUGCUAUGCCCCAGUCAUUGUUGAGCCACCCACUGACCUCAAUGUCACUGAGGGCAUGGCUGCUGAGCUGAAAUGUCGUACUGGAACCUCAAUGACCUCUGUGAAUUGGUUCACUCCAAAUGGCACCCUGAUGACCCACGGAUCAUACCGAGUUAGGAUCUCAGUGCUUCAUGACGGAACACUGAACUUCACAAAUGUGACCGUGCAAGACACUGGACAGUACACUUGCAUGGUAACCAACUCAGCUGGAAACACCACUGCAACCGCCGUGCUCAAUGUGUCUGCUUCAGACCCCAGCAACAGCUACAGUUAUUUCACCACUGUCACUGUGGAAACAGUGGAGACAGUAAGGGGAGAGGAGGAGAACUCGGCAAGACAGUAUAUUAACGAGACCUUCAUAGAUUUCCCUAAUCCUACGGUCCAAAGAGGGGUGUUAGAGGCCAGACCUGGCAUCACUAUAUCGCCUUCUCUCUCUUCUCUUUCUUCACUGUCCCCACGAGCCAACAGACCCACUGAAAACACAGUGACUGUGUCCAUUAUGGAUGUAACUAACAUUCCAGGCUUGGAUGAUGUAAUGAAAACCACUAAGAUCAUCAUUGGUUGCUUUGUGGCCAUCACUUUUAUGGCAGCUGUAAUGUUGGUGGUCUUCUAUAAACUCCGGAAGCAGCACCAGCUACACAAGCACCAUGGCCCAGCCAGAGCCAUUGAAAUUGUCAAUGUGGAAGAUGAGAUCGGAGCCGGGGCUGGAAGUGGCAUUUCAGGUGGUUCAACUAUGAAUUCUGGCACAGGUGGUGAAGGAACCCUAAGGAUACAUCACCCGGAAAUAGUCAAUCUUCCCAACAUUGGCCGCACAGAUACUCUAAACCAUUACUAUAAGACCCAUCAUUUCAACAACAAUGUGAUGGGUCUUAGUAUUGGCACCGAAGGGAUGGGACCAGGAGGGAUCCUCAAGAACCAGCAAGGCCAGGAUAUUCCCAUCUCCUGUACCUCAGUCCCAAUCUCUACAUCUAAUUUGCUCACCACAUCAGGCAAUGGCACCAACACCAACCCCAGUUCUAUGUCCCCACCGCUGCCAAUGUCUCUCCCCAUGCCUACUAUGGGCUUACAUGGAUCGAUCAAGGGUUUCAUGGGCCAAAACCAGAAUCCCCAAAUGGAGCCUCUUCUCUUCAAGGGGAGCUCGAAGGAAAACGUUCAAGAGACUCAGAUCUAAAAACAAAAGUGAGAGUAUAGAGAGAGAGAGUGAGCAAGAGUCGGAGACAGAGAGGGGAUUGAUGUUGGGUUUAUGCGCGGAAUGAUUAGACACUAGAGUGCAUUGACAUUACACCAGGAGAGAGGAUAGACUGACACGGCAAUACACAAACACAUAGACUUAUCCGUGACAGUGUACUGAGCCAAGGAUUACCACAAUGGGCCACUUGUGUUUGUAGUAACGAUCAUGGCCAUGGAGAUCAAGGAAUGGACAUUGCUACAAUGUAAAUCUGUGCCAAAGCAAAUGUUUUUUGCAGUUUCUACAAGCUGUGCUCUCAUAGGGAAAAACUAGCCUUUCCGAGUAAUCAGUCCCCAAAUCGUUGUUGGCCAGCAGAGAUGAAAGACAUAUACAGCACUUACCACACUGAAGAUCGGAGAUAUUACAGAACAAAAUUCAAGAGACAUUUUUCUUCCACACAAAACACAAGCCACACUCUCUCUCAAGUGACUCAAUAGACUCCCUCAAGGUGAAAAUUAUGUAGGCAUAAAUAGAUGGACAAAAAGGUACAGUGCAGUACAAACUACUGUGAAAAAUCCACAAAUUAUAUAAAUAUAUUUUCAUUUAAAUAUGUAUCAUUGCAGACUCCGAUGCAGAGAUAUUUUGGGGUGGAUGUAUAAGCUGGUAUAGUUUGUUUCUUUGUGAAUAAUCAGGGGCGAUGAUAGUGGAGGUUGGUUAUGAUACAUGUUUUAAGUUUGGCUACUUCUCAGAAACAUAAGGGCUCAAUUGCAACACUCAUUGUGAAUCUUUGAAUUGGCUUUGUGACAUAAAAUCCAUUUAGGUUGUAGAACAGUAAAUGCAGAUCUCUGUUUGACAAACUUUUGUCUGUUGCUUCAGUAAUAAUCAUUACAAACUUUUGUGUUCUGAGAGUGUAUUAUGUAUUUUGUAAAAGCCAGCUACUUGGUAUUUGAAUUGACAAUUCUGAUACUUAAAUGCCAGCAUCAAAUAAUGGUAAAAUUAUGUUCCACAAACACAGAAAGGUAAUUCAAUGCAAAGAUCUGUAUGGGUAAAAUAAAGUGUUGACAAUGUGUUAUUUAAAUCAGAUCAGUAGCCAGAUAUUUGCUUUUAGACAGGAAUUUGAUAUGACCUCCUUGCUCAUGGUUACCAUAAUCAUGCCAUAAAAUGCUGUCAUAAGGAUGAUUAGACAUCUAUCUACAGCAGCAUUCAAGAAGGGAUUAAACAUCCAUCUAAGGAUGAUUGGAAUGAAUGGAAAUGUACAGUAUAUUAAUAAUAAUAAUGUCUGGUUGUAUGACAAUUGUAAGAUCCACAUUUUUACAGUGUAACUUUCAUAUGUUAAAUGCCAUUUACGCUUCUUGCGUUUCAACUAUGUAUUUCUUUAUUUUUGUUAGUUUGAUAUAAUGUGUACAGUUGUCUAGCCAUGUAUCAUUACGUGUGAAAUAAAUCAAUCAUAUAUUGGGUUGUGGCGGGUCAAUAUGGCAACCACAUAAGUAAAGAGUGAAACAUUAUGCAGGCCUCUGUACUAAACCUGGAUGUAUGGUUUGUGGUUUAGCCAUUAGUCACUGGUAAUGAUAGGUGCCAUCUGCUCCAUUAACAUGUUCAGGCAGACUUUUAGUCAUUCUCCUAUAGAUGUUCCACAGACUCUACUGGUUUUGCAAAAUUACUGUUUUUGACUGAACUAGAUGAUCUCAUUCUUAAUGAAGGCACUUUUGUCUGAAAUUAGCCAUCAACAUGCCUCUCCCAUAGUGGUUCUUCAACACUGUUUUUGAAAUGGGAAGAUGAUAAAGGUAAUUAAAAAAACACAAUGAAUAAAUUAACUUUUUUGGGAUAACAGACUGUAUCAAAUAGGAACCUAAAAUGUUUGUUGCAAUUGAGCACAAACUGGACAUGUGACCAGUUAUUCCAGAUAAAUGUACCUGAGAUAGUAUUAUCAACAAAAUCAUAUCAACAAGGUUUUUGACUGUAAUGCAGCUCUGUAUGUGAUUUUGCUGUUUUUUGUUCUUUUGUUUUUUCUUUAAUUGCACCUCUCCCUCAGACCUGCAUAUAUAUACAGUAUAUAUAUAUAUAUAUAUAUAUAUAUAUAUAUAUAUAUAGGAGCUGUUUUAUGUGAGUGAUGAUGGUUUUUCUUAUCAACAAUGAGCCCACACUUAUUGAAAGAAAAGGAACACUGAAGAAUAGUAAUAACAAUGAUGAUAACAUGAGUGAUGAUAUCAGAGAAAACCCACCCAGAUUGUGCUGUCACAGAGGUUAAUCCAUGAAAGGAACAUCUUUUACAUCAAUGCACAACACGCUCUUCCUGUUUAAUGCUAAACAUCUGAGCCAUCUUUUGAAAAGUGUUAAUACCUACAAUGCCACAUUUAAAUGGUUUGAUCAAAUAACUCAGAUUGUCUGAACAGCCUCAAUGUAUUUUCUCAACUUGGUGUUAGUGUUUUUGGAUGGUGAAUCUCAUUCAAAACCAUAGUAAAUGUAACUGUGCUGCCAUCCAACCAACAGAUCUAGUGGGCAGGGUUCAACUGUAGCCCCACAGAGACACAAAUAGAAUAUAAAUGAAGGCUAAAGACACAACAUAUGGCUGCUCCCUUGAUGUGCUACAUUUGGUGGCUCUGUCGUCAGAUUUCAAAGAGCAUAUUAGAUACCUCCUUGUGUGCUGGGUGUCGGGGUACAUUUCUGCAUCUUAACCAUGGCGCAAAUCUUUUUUAACACUACCGUAGCAAUGUUUUAUCACGAUAGUGACUCAUUUUAUCAGCACAGAAAUGAUCCUUUCAUACGUCUGGACAUCUGUAACAUGCACCAUGCACAGUUAUCAUCAUUGUUAUUAACAUUUAGAGGAAAUGCAGAAGGGCUUUGUUGCAUCUUAGUAUAGUGGCUGCCAUUGUACAUAUACUGAAGGAGACUCAUUCUAGGAAUGCUAACAUGUGACACGUUUUUAAUGAAGAUCACAAGCUUGAGACUGGAAUCUGAAUACGUGCAGAUUGGGCAACUGUACUUCACUGUAUAUUAUGGUGGUGGAUUGAUGCAGCCUGGCUACAGAUGGAGUACUGGCAUAUGUGUAUCCUCUGCACCACCCGUCGCUUACAAUGGAUGCUUCAGCCCAGAUGACAUUUCUUGGUUUGGUUGGAAGCAAAACUCCUUAAUGAAAUGGAUUAUCGUAUCUGAGACACCAAAUUGCAAGACAAGAAAAUGGACUGACCUUUUGGUACUUUAAAGGUAAGCUGUUCUGUUUGAUAAAACAAUAUAAAAAAACAGGGUCUGUUCUGAAAGCUUUUUAAAAAGAAAGAACAGCAUUAAACUCUAGACAGAUUUAGGUUUCUUUAAUACAAAAAAGGAAAAAAAAUGUCAUUUUGUGUUUUUUUUUUUUUCUUUUCUUUUUUUCUUUUCAAGUUGUUGGUUGUAUCUCAGUAUGUGAUAUUAUCAAUUUGGGUCUUUAUGUAUUGUCAUUAAAUGUCAUUUUUUUCCAUGCAUCCAUCCAGGUACACAAUGUGGCAGCAAAGUGUAUUUCUUCAAUUAUAGCAAAAUCAACAUGUGCUGCUCUUGCACUUCAAUGACUGUCAUUCGAUGACUGAGAGGUAUAUUAUUUCACUGUUUGCUACUUCUGUGAUUCAAUUUUUCUGCCCGCUGUAAGGAGUUAUUCUGCUAUUAGAGACAUAUACCACUUUUCAUUCUUUGUUGUGAUUUCAUCCUGCAGGGCACCACAACUAACUAAAUGAGAAAUGAGUUAACAAGUUCAUCAUGAUAAUGUUUCAAAUAAGUUAUUGCGUGAAAUUUUAUAAAACAAAAUGAAAAAAAAAGUCUGAACAAUAA